CUCGCCGCGCGCCUGCCUCGCUGCACUCGCCGUCCAAGGCCCCGCUGCAUCCUUCGCCGUCCAAGGCCCCGCUGCAUCCUACGCGCUCGGGAGUGCCUCGGGAGGUAGGGGAAGACGCCGCCGCCGCCACGCGCUCUGGACGAGUACGAGUCCGCGUGGCCGCAUGUCGUGGCGGCGCAGGUGCUGCACGCCUACCUCCCGAACCAGCACAUCGCAGAGCAGGGAGAGGUUCCCACUGGGCAGGGACUGCAGCUUGGAGAUGGCCUUGUCGACGUCGAUCCGGUGCAAGAUGGCGUAGAAGGGCUUCCCGGAGGUCCUGGCGGAGCUCGCCCGGGCCCGCCCGCCUGCGUGGCCGGGGCGGAGCUCGCCCGCGCCCGCCUCUGCGUGGCCGCGGAACACCGCCGCGCACAGGCUCGAGCCGCUGGAGCGAGCUGCUCGGGCGUCCACGGGCACCGCUCGCCUCCACGCCAUGCUGGGCACCGUCUUCUCCCUUUGCGUCCCGCGCAUCGGGCUCCAGGGCAACACCACCGCGCCGACGCCGCCCGCCACGCCGGCUCUGCCAAGUCGCACGGCCAUGCGGCCCUCGGCGUCUUCCUCGACAUGCUCAGGCCACCGUCGCCGCAAGCAGUCGCCCACGCCUAGGCACCCGCGGCCGACCAGCUCCUGCGCCGCGCGAUCGACAAUCUGGCCGCGGCAGCUUGUUGUGGUGAAUGGAGAGAAGGAGGAGGAGCAGAGGAGAGACAGACGAGAGGGUGGGGGGACAACGAGUGGAAAAAAUUUCACCCCCACCUCAGCCCUACCUUCACUCGUUUUGCACGAAGCCCCCCCACAAGCACAACAAACACAUAUCCCCGCCUCCCCGCUGUGUUCUUCCUCAUCUACCCACUGCGCACGGAGGCUGUUCCCGGCGACGGGCGGUGAAUUUCCCAGCGACGAGAGAGCCUGGAUUCUGAAGUGCAGGCAGAUCCACACCGUCGGUCCUGCUCCUCCGACGGCCGCUUCUCCUCCCGCAAAGUCCAGCGCCGCCACUGGUUCGUUUCCGCGCGGACUACCUGCACAGAUCCGUCGACUGAGGGACCGCCAACAUUUUGUGUUGGAUCCCCUCUUUCUUGACUUUGAAUCGGAAGUAACCAUUCCUCUAUGAAAUGUUCCUGAUGGGAACGGUCGAUAUGGAUGAUUUGUAUGGAGCCACAUAAUUUCAUACACCUUUAGAAUUUCAUAGGUGCUGUGGUCGACAAAAGCUACCUCACUUCUAGUGUUGCAGCGAAGAAAUAAGAAGCCAGGAACCCCUUCUAAACGGAUUCAGCCUGUGCAGUAUUCCAAGAAUUCUGAAGAAACCCCAAGGAAAGAGACCCAGAGGAGGGCGGGCAAGAUGAUCAGUGUUGGGAAGACGAAGCAGUAUGCAAACGUUCUCGACAAGCUCCUCAGCCGUGGCAGACAGGAGGUCAGUUUGAGUGCAUUCGCAUUCUUGUUCUCGGAGGUGGUUCAAUACAACCAGACACAAGUUGACAACAUUGCUGACCUGGAACGAAGGCUGGAGGACGCUGGUUAUGCUGUUGGUGCUAGAGUUCUUGAACUGCUGUGUCACAGGGAGAAGGGGAAUAGACGAGAGACUCAACUGCUGGGGAUUUUAUCAUUCAUUCACAGCACUGUAUGGAAAGUACUGUUCGGAAAGGUGGCUGACUCGCUUGAGAAAGGAACAGAACAUGAGGAUGAAUACAUGAUUAGUGAAAAGGAGCUUCUUGUUAACCGGUUCAUUUCCGUGCCGAAAGACAUGGGGGCAUUCAACUGUGGAGCUUUUGUUGCAGGGAUUGUAAGGGGCGUAUUGGACAAUGCUGGUUUUCCAGCGGUAGUUACGGCACAUUUUGUGCCAAUUGAAGGCCAGCAGAGGCCCAGGACAACAAUCUUGAUUAAAUUUGCUGAAGAGGUUUUACGUCGGGAAUCAAGACUUGGCUGAAAUGCACACCAGGCUAUUUCUUCUGUUCUGUUUGUAAGAUGAAUCCAUUUCAAAUAUGUUUUGUUCUUGAUUUAUGUAAUACUAAUAUACUGGUAAUUUUCCAUCGAAAAGGUAUACUGGUAAUUUUGAGAAUAUAAGCAGUAGCCUCA